UCGGAGUUGCCUCCGCUAUUUAGUCGAUCCCCGCAUCCUGCCACGCCCAAGCCCCUUCUUGCUCCCCACUCUCAUCAUCGCCCGUCAUGACCGCCACCAUCGACCAGGUGUCGAACAAGUUCUUUGAUUACGUCGUCUGCGGCGGAGGCACGGCCGGCCUGACUUUGGCCGCCAGACUGUCCGAGGAUCCCGAGGUCUCUGUCCUUGUACUCGAGGCUGGCGGUGCCAACCUCGAUGAGCCCGGCAUCUGUGAGUGCACGCGCAAAUAUCUCAUUUAUACCUCGCAGAUCAAGCAGAAGGAGCUCGGCGAUGCGGAUUGGUUCUGGUUCAGAGGGAAGGGCCUUGGCGGAAGUUCCGGUAUCAACUUCAUGUGCUGGACCAAGCCACCCCGGGAGGAAAUUGACGAAUUCGAGAAACUCGGCAACCCAGGUUGGAACUGGCAGAAUUACGAGCGCUACGUUGCAAAGACUGAGGGUUUCGUCGCUCCGAGCGAAGAAGUGAGGAAACGCAAUGAUAACGUCAACGUGAACUUCGACACGUGGAAGAUUGGACGGGAUGGUCCUCUCAAAUUGGCUUAUCCCGGCAUGAUCGACGGGCUUGAGAAGAAGUGGCUUCAGAGUCUGUUCAACGCGGGCUUGUCCAAGGCUGCACACCCGCCCCAUGGUGUCUUCCUUAUCCCCAACACUUAUGACCCGAUCAAGCACGUUCGCUCGUACUCCACGACUGCUUUCUACCUCCCCAACAAAGACAGACCGAACCUCAAGGUCCUGAUCAACGCGGCGGUGCACCGCGUCAACACCCGGCCUGCGACGAAUGGCAAGCUCACUGCUGUCGGGGUCGAGUUUGAGUAUGACGGCAAGGUGCACACCGUCAACGCGCAGAAGGACGUCUGCUUGGCUGCUGGUGCACUGAAGUCUCCGCAUAUCCUGGAGCUUUCUGGCAUUGGCCGCAAGGAUGUCCUCGGGAAGAUCGGCGUGCCACUGAAGCUUGAGCUUCCUGGGGUCGGAGAGAACGCCCAGGAGCACAUGUUCAUUAGCGUCAGCUGGGAACUCAAGCAGGACGUCGGCUUUGAAACCAUCGACCUACUCAGGGACGCUACUCACAAUGCCAAGCACCUAGACCUACACGCGCUCGGUGAGGGUCUGUACACGAGAGGCAUCAUCGGCUUCGCGUUCACGGCCCUCAACGACCUUUCGCCUCUCGCGGACACGAUCUACGAGCGGACGAAGGCGAAGAUUCUGGCGAACAAGGACAAGUUCCCGCCGGGCCUGAUGGAGCAGUACAACAUCCAGCUCGAUCGUAUAAAGAGGGGCGCGCCCGGCUGCGAGCUCAUCUGCUACCCGGGCUAUAUGACGAUCUUGGUGGCGAUGAACCACUGCUUCUCGAGGGGGACGAUCGUGGUGUUACCACUCGACGUCCUCGACCCGCACAAGGAGCCCGAGUUCGACCCUCGCUACUUCGAGCAUGAGGUCGACUUGGAUGUCUUCACUGAGUCUGUGAAGUGGGCCAGGAAGCUGGCGGACGUCUCACCGUUGAAGGACAUCAUCGUCAACGAGUUGAACCCGGGCCCUCAGGCGAAGGACGACGCACAGGUCCGGGACUGGAUCAAGAAGUGCAUGGGCACGACGUGGCACACCGCGUCGACGUGCUCGAUGCUCCCGAAGGAGCACAACGGCGUCGUCGACCCCGAGCUCAAGGUUUACGGCACGAACAACAUCCGCGUCGUUGACCUGUCCGUCGCCCGCUGCUCGACUGUGUACGGCAUCGCGGAGCAGGGCGCGGAUAUCAUCAAGGGCAAGUUCAACCCCCUCGAGGCGAGCAUGGCGUCGCUCAAGCUGGGCGCGUGAGACUAGCGAGGAGCUUGAGACGACACACGUACGUAUCACAGGGACGAUUGUUGGAAUAGAAUGUUGCAUCAGCCCUUCGUUAGAACUUAGAAGGCUUGGGGGAUGGUCUGGCAUGCUGGUGGGAUCGGGAUGCUGUGAGGUAUUGCAAUGCAUGGAUACGUACAUACAAUGACAGGAAUCGGAUUUUCUUGCGGCGA